CCUGCAGUGUUCCUGCGAACGGGGUUCGGCUGCUGCUGCCUCAGGAGAGAGCGUGGGUUUGGUGUUACAUGAUGGGGAACUGAGGGGGGACGACUUCUCCAGACUUCCCCAGUGUUCUGUCCUUCAGCGUUUGGACGUGCGCGGUUGCAGCUCCCCUUCCCCGCAUAGUUUCAUUGGAGUUAAACUUUGGGCCGCCCGGAAUGUUCAGGUUAAAAUGUGGGCGCCAGUUGUUAACAGACAAAGUUUUACUUAUUCUCGUUUGAUUUACCUAGUGAAUCAGUCACAUUUCUUUGGAAGAGGAAGUUAACGCUAUGUCUGUUUCCUCUGUAUGUAUGUAUAUUUACACCUGCUGUUUACUUUAUGUGUAUUUCACACGCACAGUGUAAAUGAUCGGCAGUUCGGGAUGUUCAGAAUUUCACGAAUGUUUCAGAAUUUUUCACGAAAUGAAGGCUACGAUGUGCUGUGCUGGACUGCGGAAUCUUCUCCAAGGGCUGAGCUUCAGUGCCAAGUACUACUCUAAGCAUAACUCUCCUCAAACAGUGUGUCUUUUCAGUAAAAUUGCUCCAAAAAAGUGCCACAUCCUGGGCUGUUCAAAAAGCACAUGCACCCACAGGACUGCACCACCUGGAAGCAUCCUGCCGUGCAGAUUCUUUUCCUGCAAGCAGGAAGGAACAAAAGUCCUUUCCAAAAGGAAGCAAAAUACAUCCAUGGUAACUUCAGAACUUUUGCACAAGAACCUUCUGAAAUCAGAGCAGAAAAACUGGAAUAGCAUUUCACCAAGAUACAAAGCUAUGACAAAGAGGAUCAAAGAAAAACUGGAGGAAUUGCACAACAUGUAUACACUCAAUUCAGGAAGCCCAAGGAUAAGGUUUGGAGAAAAUGUGUACUUUGAAGAGAAUGGCUGCAUAUUUCUUGCAAAAGCAGAUGAUGGUGAGGGAAAUGCUAAGAUUUUAUUCAGUAUUGAAGAUCUUGGCUUUUCUGAUGCCUUUAUUCAACGGAUCAGAAUUUCACCCGAUCAGAGAUACAUGGCUAUCAGCUUAAAAAGUGAAAAUUCUGAAGAGGCAACCUGCAUUAUUAUGAAACUUGGUAAUCUUCCUGUAGUGGAAAAAGUAAUUCCAAGUGUAUUUAGCUUUGAAUGGGCUGCAAAUGAUGUUCUGUAUUACACACCUCAGAAGAACCUUAAAUGCCAGAAUGUAUUCAUGACCACUUUCACUUACCAGAAACAUACUAAGCUAGUUUAUACAGAACAAGAUGCAAGAUUCUUUGUAGACCUUUAUUGCACAAAAGAUAGGCGUUUUCUCACUAUCAACAGCAACAGCAAGACAACCUCAGAAGUUUGGCUGGUUGACUGCAGACAUCCCUUUGAGUCACCUGCUCUUGUACAAGCACGAACCACGGGGCUCAUGUACCACAUUGAGCACAGGAAGGACCAGUUGUACAUUCUUACUACAUAUGGAGAACCUGCAGAAUAUAAGUUGAUGAAGGCACCAGUAGCUUCCAGUGGCAAGGAGAACUGGCAGUUAGUUUAUGCACUGGAAAGGAAAACCAAGCUAGUAGACUUUGAGAUGUUCAGUGAUGACUGUAUUAUGUUCCUGAAGAACGCUGGUCAUCUUUACUUAAAUGUGAUUUCCUUUGUUUCACACUCAGUUCAGUUGAUAAAGCUACCUACGUGGGCCUGUGAAUUUGAAUUGGAAUCUCAUCCUGAACAUACCACCAGCACCUGCUAUUUUCAGCUCUCCUCCCCAGUACACCCCCCUAAGCGUUUUGCAUAUUCAUUUAAAGAAAAUAAUCUCAUUGAGCAAGCUGUGCAAGAGGUACCAAUUAUUACGAAUUGUCACACUACACGUUUACUAGCUAAAAGCAAGGAUGAAACUUUGGUGCCAAUUACAGUUUUUCAUAAUAAGAAUUCUAAAGAACUACACAGGAGACCACUUCUAGUUCAUGUAUAUGGAGCUUAUGGCAUAGAUUUGAACAUGAGCUUUAAAGAAGAGAAGCUGAUGUUAAUUGAAGAGGGUUGGAUAUUGGCAUAUUGCCAUGUUAGGGGUGGAGGAGAGCAGGGCCUUAGCUGGCACAGAGAUGGAUGUCAGCAUAACAAACUCAAAGGUCUCCAUGACCUCAGGGCUUGCAUCAGGCUGCUGCACCAAGAGGGAUUUUCUCAGCCCAAGCACACAGCCUUGGCAGCUGCCAGUGCUGGGGGAGUUCUGGCUGGAGCCCUGUGCAACACUGACCCAGCCCUGCUCAGAGCCAUGGUGUUACAGGCUCCUUUCGUAGAUGUUCUAAAUACAAUGAUGAAAACUCAUCUCCCACUGACAAUUGUGGAACAAGAAGAAUGGGGAAAUCCAUUAGAAGAUGAAAAGUGUAUGAAGUAUAUCAAAAGCUAUUGCCCAUACCAGAAUAUUAAGCCACAGUGCUAUCCAUCAGUUUUUAUCACGGCGUAUGAAAAUGAUGAACGGGUACCACUCACAGGAAUUUUACAGUAUGUUCAGAAACUCAGGAAGGCUGCACUAGAUCAUGCCAGCAGAACAAGUGAGAAAGGAAAUUGGAUUCCUAACAUCAUCCUAGAUGUCCAGACAAAUGGCAGUCAUUGUGAUUCAUCCUGGGAGCACUCACUGAAUGAGGUUGCAAGACACCUUGCUUUUCUGAACAGAGAACUUGAGGAAGUGUGCCAUCCCCAACAUCACAGCAAAUCCUGCAAAUAACUCCCAGACACACUGAUCACCUGAGAAACUUAGGGUCAUAUUUGGAUUUGUAUGGAAAGCAAGAGAUUGGUCUCCAGAGGAUCUGUUCUCUCGGAUCCCUGCUCUAUGGGCACCAGCACACAGAGCUGGGUGUGGCACUGUCAUACAAAAAUACAGAGCAAGAACUGGAAUUCUGCCCUGCUAGGCUGUGCAGAAGCAGCUGCCAGCAGAAAUGAGUUUGUGCAGCAGCUCUGUUCACUGAGCCAGCAGAGCAGCAGCACACAGAGCCCCACAGGAGAGCCACAGGCACUGGGCACAGCCUUCCUGUCCAAGGCACAUCUCACACGAGGCAGCAGAACUCCUCCAAAGCAUCUGACAUCCAAGUCUCACUGCUUCCAGGACUAAUCCCCAUACAUAGGUGAUGGGGGUUGCUGCCCUCUCUCUCUGCACAGCUGCCAUGCUGCACUGAUCAUGUGGUGGGACUGAGCAAACUGC